AAAGCAUUUUAGCUGACAAGGUAAGUUUAGCUGUGAUUGAUUUACAGCCUAUUUGCUUUAGGACAUACCUAAGGAUGGACAGCACCAAAGUUCACAUUUAAUCCUAUUCGUCCACCUUUUUUCGAGCUGUUCUUACAGCCAUUCUGUGCAGCAAUACAGAGACCACCAAGAUGAAGCUGCAGUUUGGGUCAGCCAUCUUCACUCUAACUGUAACGCUUGCACUGUGUGGGGUCAAAGACUUGCAGGAGCAUUUUGAACAACUUAGUGGAACCCACAGUGCAAAUCCUCAUGUGCCCUAUGGCGAUGGAACUCAUCUUUCACCAGAAUUUCACAGAGAAAAUACUUUGACCAAUGACUGGAGUGUUGAAGAAGAGGAAGACGACUAUCUUGAUUUUGACAAACUGUUCGGUGAAGACUACUUCGACAUCAUUGAUGCUGUUCCAGAAACUACUCCCGAGAUUAAACAAGGGAACAUUCUUGGGCUUUUCCCUGGGAAAACCAGAAUCCAGCGGCUCAACAUUCUCAAUGCAAAAUUUGGCUUCAAUCUUUACCGGAGUUUGAAGAACAAAGCCAACUCUUCAGAUAACAUCCUUUUGGCACCCGUUGGCAUUUCUACCGUCAUGGCCAUGCUCUCUUUGGGACUGAGAGGUCAAACACAUGAAGAAGUACUGACUUCUCUGGGUUUCAGAGAUUUUGUUAAUGUCAGUUCCACAUACAACGUUACAACCAUCCACAACCUCUUCUAUAAACUCACUCACCGGCUCUUCAGAAGGAACUUUGGCUACACGCUCAGGUCGGUCAAUGACCUUUACAUUCAAAAACAAUUCCCUGUUGAGAGUGAAUUCAUAAGCAACAUGAAAAAAUAUUAUUUUUCUGAAGCCCAAUCAGCUGACUUUUCAGACCCAACCUUCAUCACCAAAGCCAAUGAGCGUAUUUCAAAGCUCACCAAAGGAUUAAUAAAGGAAGCUCUGGAGCAUGUAAACCCAGCGACUCUGAUGAUGAUUCUUAAUUGCCUCUACUUUAAAGGCACCUGGGAAAAUAAGUUUCCAGUGGAAAUGACACACAAGCGCUCUUUCCGAGUGAACGAUAAAUUGUCUGUGAAAGUUCCCAUGAUGAAGACCAAAGCCAACUUCCUGGCAGCUACAGAUGAUGAGCUCGAAUGCGGGAUUCUCCAGUUGCCCUAUGUGGGCAACAUCAGCAUGCUGAUUGUCCUGCCCCACAAGCCAUCAGGCAUGAACACACUGGAGAAGCAACUGACACCUCAGGUAGUGGAGAGAUGGCAGAAGAGCAUGACUAACAGAACAAGGGAAGUUGUGCUGCCUAAAUUUACACUGCAGAAGAGCUAUGACCUGAUUGAGAAUCUAAAAACGCUAGGAAUAAAUGAGCUGUUCACCCAAAAUGGCAAUUAUUCUGGAAUAGCAGAGGGGAUCAUCAUUGAUAGGUUUAAUCACCAAGGGACAAUUACGGUGAACGAAGAAGGCACGGAAGCUGCGUUUGUGACUAGUGUGGGCUUCAUGCCUCUCUCCGCUCAGAUUCGCUUUAUUGUCGAUCGUCCCUUUUUGUUUCUCAUCUAUGAGCACCGCACCAGCUGCUUGCUUUUCAUGGGGAGAGUUGCCAACCCAGGCAAGAAUUAAAAGUGGAGAUGUAUCCUCCUUGAAAGCACAUUUAGGCACCACUAAGGGCCAGGUCAGCCAAUAUGCUUCCUAAGUACUUCCCCAUGUGUGAUGGGUAGAAGAAGACCAUGAUCCUUUUGUGCCCACCUGACAUGCCUGCCCAACACCAGACGCUACCAGGUGUCCAUAUAUUGCAUUUAUACAGGGUACAAACAAGGACAUAUGCAAAGCCACAGCCCAUGAUUUAUUCCCCACUGGAGACAGGGCAGGCAUGUCAGUUAAGUAGGAAGGGAAGAAUUAUUUUUGCUCCCAAACAAUGGAGCAACCCAGGGGUGCAUUAUCCAAUUUGGCCCCCAAUAUAUUUUAAUGUAACCAUUUUAUAUGUAGAUUUUGUCAUGUUAAUCGCAGAAGUUAUUGUAUUACAUUGCAGUAACGUUUUUAAUGAAACCACAGCAGGAGAUGAUUUAACUGUAAUGUGUAAGGAUAACUUAAGAACUUGAAGCUUGCAUGCUUUAUACACACAUUUUAACACAAAAGAUGGUGCUUUUAGUUGGUACAUCCACAGAAGUUACUAAACUAAACUGCUCCAGUUCUCUCGUGGAGACAAAACUUUGGGGCCUAAAGACAUCAGGAAAUGUGUUUCUCCAGAAGGAGGGGGGAAAGCAUAAAAAUAUGGGCAACUCAGUUCAGUGUAGAAAAGCAGUAACAAGAACAAAGCUAUGUUUUAGUGAAAGCCCAGAUGAGAUGUUUUGCAAUAGUACAUGUGCUUCUCUUCUAAAUGCCUACCAUUCGAGACAAGAACAAAUUUACACUUUGGACAGCAAAAUCAAUAUACAGUUCUGCAAUACAGAGAGGACUUGUGAUCCCAUGUGGAUCAAAAGACACAGAGAAUAGGGACAGGUUCAAAUUUCUGCAACCCUAAUGGAACCCCCAGGAUUUCAGAAAAAUCCCCCAAAGGAAAAACAAGUUUAAAACUUAUUGCGAGGAGGGAAAGAAUAAGAUUGCAAUGCUAUACUGCAAGGUCUUGGUUAUCAUUUUGAGGGAGGUGGGCAGGGAACACCCCUCCCUGCAAUCCAGGCAGGUGACAAGGUGGGGAGGAGGAGGAGCAGAAUCUGCACCUGUUCCCACCACCACUGAAAAUGGAAGACAGGUGAAGGUGGCAGUGUUACAGGUGAGUGGGAAGAGGGGGAGGGGUCAUGAUUAGCAGGAACCACUACUGUAUGAGCUAGGCUGGUGGAGACAUGAGGAGCUGCCUCUGAAAAGGGGGAAAGGAUGGGAUUCCCCCCCUCCCUAAUAAGUUUUCCAGGUCCCGUGCUUGUUAUAUUCUAUUCCUGAAAUGAGAAAAAGACUCCGCAUCAUGGUACUGAAAACUGACCCAGACACCCCCCACUCAGGUAUACCAUCCCCCUGCUUGGGCCCUGAGUUCUUGGAUUCUACCCAUGAUAUAAAUAAUAAUGUACAUAUCCAUGGACUGCUCAUUUCUUAAUUUUGAACUAAUAGACACUGAUGUUAUAGAAAUGCUAGAUACAUAAUUUUACUCAUCUUUUAAAAUAUCCAUUUGAUUAAAAAGUUAGUUCAUAUUUAAUAAAAUGGUUGUGUUGAAAUAUUGAAA